AACCGGAAGUUUACAUUGUUCACCGGUUACUGUAACUUUCACUACCGAGUUUAUGUUUCAAAAGCUGCUACGUUAUUUCUCUUCAACUUCAAGGAUGGCACCCAUUGCAAAGAAGUAUGAUUACCUCGUUGUUGGUGGUGGAUCUGGUGGUUUAGCCAGCGCAAGAAGAGCUGCAGAGUUUGGGAUUAAAGCGGCAAUAAUUGAAGAAGCUAGAUGGGGUGGAACUUGCGUGAAUGUUGGAUGUGUACCAAAAAAAGUCAUGUACUACACUGCUUCUCAUGCAGAACUAAUCCAUGAGCACAAAGGUUAUGGCUUUGAUGUUGAGUUCAAAGGUUUUGACUGGAAGCAAGUCAAAAAGAGCAGAGAUGAUUAUAUUAAGAGGUUGAAUGGGAUCUAUGAAUCAAACUUGGAUAAGUCCAAAGUAGAUAAAAUUACUGGACAUGCAAUGUUCACAUCUGAUAAAAGCGUAGAAGUCAAUGGAGAGCUAUAUUCUGCUGAUCAUAUUCUUAUUGCUACUGGUGGGCGCCCAUCCAUUCCAAGCAUACCAGGAGCAGAAUAUGGAAUCACUAGUGAUGGCUUUUUUGAACUUGAAGAUUUGCCAAAGAAAGUCGUUGUUGUGGGUGCAGGUUACAUUGCUGUGGAGCUUGCAGGCAUCUUCAAUUCACUCGGAUCCAACACUUCGCUCCUGAUACGUUAUGAUCAAGUUCUUCGUUCAUUUGAUGGAUUGAUAAGUAAAGGGGUCACAGAUAACCUGGAAGUAGCUGGUGUUAAAAUAAUGCGUCACACUGAGGUUUCUAAAGUGACUAAAGAUUCUGAAGGCAUCUUGACUGUAGAAACCAAUUCUGGUACAAUCAAUAAUGUGAACUGUUUAGUCUGGGCCAUCGGAAGAGUUCCCAACUCUGACAAUUUGGGUUUGGAUAGAGUAGGCAUAAAUAUAGACAAACACAACAAUAUAGAAGUUGAUGACUACCAGAAUACAAACAUCAAAGGAAUCUAUGCUUUAGGAGAUGUGUGUGGUAAAGCUUUACUUACACCAGUGGCCAUUGCUGCUGGCAGACGUCUAGCUCACAGACUGUUUGAUGGCAAAACAGAUUUGAAGCUGGACUACACAAACAUUCCAACUGUUGUCUUUUCCCAUCCUCCUGUUGGAACUAUUGGUCUGACUGAAGAGGAGGCAGAGAGAAAGUAUGGUAGAGAGAAACUGAAAAUCUACACCUCCAAUUUUCUGCCUAUGUAUUAUGCCAUGACUGAAAAUAAAGUCAGGUGCAAUAUGAAGUUGAUCUGUGUUUUACCUGAUGAGAAGGUCAUUGGAUUACAUAUGAUUGGUCAAGGUUGUGAUGAAAUGUUACAAGGUUUUGGCGUGGCCAUCAAAAUGGGGGCCACUAAGGCCCAGUUUGAUGAGUGUGUUGCUAUUCAUCCCACAUCAGCUGAGGAACUGGUCACAAUGCGAUAAGAAAAAAGCUAUCACUGGCUUAUUGACUUUGUUGAAAAGGAUUGAUACAAAUGGUGACCAAACUGGAUGUGUGUACUUUAAAUCCUUUUGUCAGCUCUUAAUUUAAUUUUUUUUUUUUUUCAAAAAAUCUAUUGUAAAUAUUAAAGAGUAUUUCAAACAGUAAUUAUAUUUUAAUAUACAAUUGAAAAAAAAAAAUUCUGGGUCUUAUAUAUAUAAUUCCUAAUAAAAUUUAUCAAAUCGUAUAAAAGUACAAAAAGGAUGAUUUUAUUCUGUUCUAUAGCCAGGUAUUUUUAGAUGAACAGAUGAAGCUCCAAGCAAUACUGUUCGUUUUCAGCUUUAUAUUUUUGUUUAUCUUUGAUGAUUCUAUUUACCAGGCUGUGUAAAUAUACUUUUGAUAAUGAUUGUAGUUGAACACGGAUGCCAUACUUAUAAUUUAUAACUUGCAAAGUGGCUUACAGUUGUACAAUGUUGAAAUGAUCAGUUUGUUAAUCAAAAAAUAAAUAUGUUUAUUUUCUACUUUUAA